AUGGCCCCAUUCAAGGGCUUGUAUGGUAGGAGUUGUCAUUCUCAAAUUGGUUGGUUUGAGUCUUCAGAGCCUAGGACACGCACUACAUAUUUACUUCAGGAGGCUCUAGCUAGAGUUCGACUUAUUCAGGAUAGACUGACACCUCAGAGCCGGCACCAGAGUUAUGCUGAUCAUAGGCAUCGACCUUUAUGUUUUGGUGUUUAUGACAGGUAUGUUCCAAAUGAGUCUCAUGUGCUCAAGUAUGAUUCGGUUGAGUUGAAUGAUCAUCUAACCUCUGUAGAGGAACCGGUCGCCAUUCUAACCAAAGAUGUCAGGCAGUUGCGAUCGAGAGCCAUUCCUAUUGUUAAGGUCAAUUAG